GACCCACCCACGGUUUUCUUCUGUGUCUCCUUCGUUUCCUGGGUGCGCUGCUUCCACCUCCCUCUCACCCUGAGAGCUGCAAGAUAGCUCAUUGAAGAAUCUCGGAUGCAUACCACUGCGUGUCUCUGCUCUUCUCUUCUUUUAUAAGAGCAGCUCAUCCUCUUCCAACCUCCUCCUCUUCGUAGAACAGACACCUCUCUCUCUCUCUCUCCUUUGAAGUGCACAAGAGUUGAGACCUUACGUUAGAUGGCAGUCUUCCUUCGAGCGACGCGGGUGACAACCUUGCUUGACGACGACAAGGCAAAGGCCCGUCUUCGGGAAGCCGAUGACAGCCACCGCGUGUCCGGCUACGACAGCAGCUGCAGCGAGCACGACUCCCCUAGCCUGUCCGGUCUCGUCCACGCGUUCCUUGAGCACGCACACGGCGACUCCCUCUCUGCUGAUGUCGGCGCCGUGGCGCACCCCCAUCACAGCUCUGACGAUGACCACGCCGACGAUCCUGACUGCACCGCCGCUGCGGUGGUGCGGGAGCUGAUGGACCCUGCCGCGGAGUGGGAUCGGUUUCGAGUCCGGCUCGCGGCAGACGUCUACUCGGUGGUUGAGGGGCUUUCGGGGCUGAGGACCUGCUGCGGCGCCGCUGGAUUACGUCGAGCGGUGAUGGCGCGGCUGAGGGCGUCGGGUUACAAUGCCGGGAUCUGCAAGGCGAGGUCGGACUCGUCCGGCGGGCUCAACGCCGGCAGCCACGAAUACAUCGACGUGGUGUCGGCGGCGGCGGAGGGGGCCGGAAGGAGGUACAUCGUGGACCUCGAGUUCGCGGCAGAGUUCGAGGUGGCGAGAGCGACGGAGGCGUACAAAACUGUGCUUGCGGCGCUCCCGCGGGCGGCGGUGGCAGGGGAGGAGACGAUGCGGCAAGUGGUACGGGUGGCGGCGGACGCCGUUCAGAGGUCGCUCCGGGCGCAGGAUCUCCACAUCCCGCCGUGGCGCAAGAGCCAGUACAUGAUCGCCAAGUGGCUGGGGCCCUACCGGAGGACCACGAACGCGGUGCCGGCAUCUCCGGGCGGUUCCGUGAGCAGCAGCGGGGCAGAGAUCAGCUGCCGCUCCGUGGGCUUUACGACGGCCGCGUGGCGAAGGGUCCCGCCACCCGAACACGUUAGAAGCCACGUGGCGUACAUAACCAAUUGAUUACACCAUUAUAGUUGUUAAUGCUAUUUUUCCUCCUAUUUUACUACUAAUAUUAAGCUGAUAAUUUAAUUACCUAAUGGAUGGCAAAUUGUUUUGGGACAGUUUCAUUUGGAUGAGCUUCGGAUAUUUAUUUGGCUUCAUAUGUUGAUUUCUUGAAGAAAACAAGAAGAAAUAAUUACAUAUAAUAAAAAUAAAUAAUGAUGUUAAGUGGUGUCAAUAUUUAGGACUCUCUCUUGCAUGGUUUACAGACUUAAUGUUGGCUUAGAGUUAAUUAAUUAUGAGAUAGGUUUAAUCCUGCUCUUCUUUGUCAGCUUGAAGCUAAACUUGAAACCCAGAUUAAAGUGGUGUUGAAUCCACUCAAUUCGAAUAGAAUCUUGGCAGAGUCUGAUGCUGAAUGUUUCACACCAUCACUCCCUUAAACUUGCACUUGCUUUUGGAAUCAUCAUGCGAUACUAUCAAUCUGGUUUCUAUCACAGCAAUUCUAUUUCAGCAAUGCGUUGGAUCCAAAUACAUGACACAGAUUUCUUCAUUCAUAUUCAAAAAAGAUGUUACUAAUGGUGGUACUUAGCAAAGAGAUUACAAGGAUGUCAGACAUGGGGAGAUGCAGAUGAAAGGCAACGGCAGGUGCUGC